CCCAACAUGAAGGACAACCAAUCAGCUGACAGCUAGUAAAGAUUAUUUUUUCCAUCAUCUAAUUUAUCAAAAUUGUGUAUAUUAUUACAUAAAACUACAGUGUAACGCUUAUUUAGUGCAAUAAUUGUGAUAAUUAACUUAUAGUGUUAUUGUUUGUAAUGGCCGCAUUGACCUCUUAUUGUUGCAUCAAGAGAAUUAUUUAAGAUAUAAAAAUGGAAGAACCCUCAACAAACUUAAUAAAACCUAAAACAUAUUUGAAUUCCAAAAUAUCUUAAAAUAUUAUAUAUUCAAAGAAUAUAAUAACUAAUUCCGUUAUAUGUUAUACACUAGUCUCAUUAUUUGUUAUAAAAUAAUUACGUAAGGAAACACAGAUUAAUUAUAUUUAUUUUAUUUUAUUAAAAAGAAAUCAUAUAUAAUUCCAUUUAUAAUCUGUAUUGGAUACAAAAUAUUUUAUAAUAAAAGCUCUACAGAUAAUAAAUAAAUGUUAAAUCCAUAGAGAUCUAUUACCAAAGAGAUUGUAUAUUUUAAAAAUAGAAUAGUAGAUGUGGUAUCUACGUAAAUGUUGCUUAGCAUAUGGAAUGGUAAUAAAGUAGGUGACAAGGAUAGAAAUAUUGCAAACGAUAAGAAGGACAAGGAGGACAGAUCAAAUAUGGCGGCUACUAUGGUAGAAACACCGCCUCCUCAGUUAAUAACUACCAUAGAAUGGAGUAUGAUGGAUAAGAGUAAAUUUUUUCCAUUGUACACAUUAAGUAGUUUUACAGUUCGCUGCGCACUGUAUCCCCUAACAUUAGUAAAGACACAAAUACAAGUGCAAAGGAAAAAAGAGGCGUACAGCGGUGUUGUGGACGCCAUCAGGAAAAUAUAUGCUCACGAGGGUGUCUCUGGACUUUACAGAGGAUUUUGGCUUUCCAGUUUUCAGAUAAUCUCGGGCGUUUUUUAUAUCUCCACUUACGAAGGCGUGAGGCAUGAGCUCGGGAAAUAUGAUGUUAGCCCUAGAAUGAAGUCAUUUAUCGCCGGAGGCUGUGCGUCUAUGGUGGGGCAAACUAUAAUAGUACCUUUCGAUGUGCUCAGCCAACAUCUCAUGGUGUUGGGUCUAGUUAAAGGAAGGGCUGGAGGUAGCAAAAAUCCGAAAAUCAACCCACUGGGCCUGGACCUGGACAAGGGCCUGUCCCGGGCGGCGCUGGCGCGCGAGGUGGCGGUGCGCGUGUACCGGGCGCACGGCCCGUGGGGCUACUACCGCGGCUACGCGGCCUCGCUCGCCGCCUACGUGCCCAACUCCGCGCUCUGGUGGGCGUUCUACCAGGCCUACCAGGAUGAACUGCUGAGGAUAAGUCCAGUGUGGGUGUCACAUUUGUUCCUGCAGUGCAUCGCGGGAACCCUGGGCGGCUUCACCACCACUUUCCUCACGAAUCCACUGGACAUCGUCAGAGCGAGGCUGCAGGUGGAAGGUGUAGGCUCAAUGCGCCAGGUGUUCAAAACGCUUUGGCAGGAAGAAGGUCUGGUAGGACUAUACCUGAAGGGACUGUCAGCCAGGCUGGUGCAGUCGGCGUGUUUCUCAUUCAGCAUCAUACUCGGGUACGAGAGCAUCAAACGGGUGUCAGUGAGCGAAGAGUUUCGAUCACAUGUACGUUGGUGAUGAGUAAAUUGGA